AUGAACAAGGAACUGAAGGCGUGCACGAACCCCGAGGACCUGGAGUGCAACGAAAACGUCAAGCACAAGACGAAAGAGUACAUCAAGAAAUACAUGCAGCGCUUUGGCUCCGUGUACCGGCCCAAAGAAGACACCGAGGUAGAAGACUCAGUGUUGUACGAGAAAGCUGCGAAUGCUCCAUUUUCAGCCUCCAGUUUUGUUUGUACAGAGGCUUUAUAA